AGGUAGUAUCAUAUAUAUGUGUGUGUUGUACAAGCUACUCUGAGAAUUGAACCCUGUCCCGGUGAUUUCGAACCGGAGUAGCUGGGAGGAAAAGUUUUUCCUGCUUUUUUUUGCUGAAAGAAAAGAGGAGUGUAUACGACACAAGAGUCGCGCGGAGAUGGGUAUUUCUUGGGACGACGUCGUCCUCAUCGACCAUGGGAAGAAACCAGGCGAUCCCUCCGUCAUUACCGUCAAUUGCCCCGACAAGGCCGGACUCGGCUGCGAUCUCUGCCGAAUCGUAGUCGAAUUCGGACUCUGCAUCACCAAAGGAGAUAUUUGCACUGAUGGUAACUGGUGUUACAUAGUACUGUGGACUGUUCCACAACUCAGCUCAUUGCGAGUUGAUUGGGAGAGCUUGAAAACCCGGCUAAUGUCUGCGUGCCCUUCUUGUCUAAUGUCAUUUUACUUCAAUCAGCAGUCCAAUGGUUCCAUGCCAUCAACAUUAUACAUGUUGAAGGUCUUUUGCCUUGAUCGGAAAGGAUUGUUACAUGACGUUACUAGGGCUCUCUGUCAGCUUGAGCUCACAAUUCAAAGAGUGAAAGUCAUGACAACCCCAGAUGAUAAAGUCCUGGAUCUUUUCUUUAUCACAGAUAACAUGAACCUGUUACAUACAAAAAACAGACGGGAGGAGACGUGCGAAAAUCUUAGUGUCGUUUUAGGAGAGUUUUGUAUCAGCUGUGAACUUCAGCUGGCCGGGCCUGAAUAUGAAAGUCAGCAAGGAUUCUCGUCUCUUCCUGAAGAAGUUGCUGAAGAAUUAUUCACUUCGGAGCUUUCUAAUAAGAAAGCAUGUUCACAAGCUCUAAGCCCUGACAUGAAAAAGGUUAAGACAGCAACAGUCACAAUAGAUAAUCUUAUGAGCCCAGCUCAUACCUUGCUUCAAAUACAGUGUGUUGAUCAAAAGAACCUGGUCUAUGACAUUUUGAGGACCUCAAAGGACUGCAAUAUUCAGAUUGCGUAUGGUAGAAUAUCACCAAGUUUGGAAGGCAGCAGGAAUGUGGAUCUCUUUGUCCUGAAAAUAGAUGGGAAAAAGAUUGUUGAGCCUGAAAGCCUGAUUGCUCUAUGUUCUCGUCUAAAGGAGGAGAUGCUUCACCCAUUGAGAGUCACAAUUGCCAACCGUGGCCCUGAUACUGAACUCUUGGUUGCUAAUCCGGUCGAAUUAUCUGGAAAAGGAAGGCCGCGUGUCUUCUAUGAUGUCACUUUCGCACUGAAGAUGCUUGGAAUUUGUGUAUUUUCGGCUGAAAUUGGAAGGCAUUCAACAUCAGAUCGGGAGUGGGAAGUGUACAGAUUCCUUUUGGAUGAAAGCCGGGAAUUUCCAUUAGCAAGUAGUCGAGCAAGAAGUGAGAUAGUUGACCGAGUGAGAAGAACGCUCAUGGGCUGAUGAACCAACUUGGUUUGGUCAUCACAGAGAAAGAACAUCUCUUCUCAGAAGAUUGCUUCAUUUGGCGAGAGCCUCAACUUCGGUUCACUGAACUUGGUACUGUCUGAUGAUAGUCAUGUCCAGAUGUACUGGAAUGAACCCAACUCUUUGGGACAAUAUGUAUCUUUAUCCAACUUUGGGGAUUAAGCAGUGCAGAAUAUAUUGCCUCAAGGGUUAAAAAGUACCUUUCACCCCUCCAUCAUGUAAUAUUACCAUCAUUAGAUUUUGUAUCCCUCGAAUACUUUAGUAGGUGAAAGUUUCUCUCUCCGAGGUAUGAAUAUUCUUCCGUCAA